AUGAGUCGUCCACCCAGCCUACCCUCACAUUCAGGUCCUCCACCAUCCUACAGCCCUUACCCGCCACAUCAUGCUUCAUCGUCUCGACCAGAAGUAAUUGUUCCCGGUCAGCACAUCCGUCCCAGAGAUUCCAGUGGAAGCCAUAACAAUGCGCAACAAUUACCAAGUCUUCGCACGCUUCUGGAACCAGAACUACUGGACAAGAAGUCGUCGGAUCCAUCAUUGAGGGCGGGUGGCGCUCCGGUACUCUACAACAAUUGCGGGCGUUAUGGGUCUUCUAGUCCGACAUUGAAGAGACGGCAUGAAUAUGAUGGUUACUUCCAUGGCCGCCCCGAGCAUAAUGCUAUCGCUUCUCAAACACCCUACCACCAUCGUCAACCUCUGUCAACCACAAUCGCUACCCCGUCUACUACUUCGUCGACGCCAGGCUCUGGGUUCGGUGUCGGUCGAGUAGAUCUCCAACGGCGUGAGAGUUUCGUCCACCCCCCACCGCAUGACCUAGCAGGCAAUGGGCACCGGCAAGUGUCGCUCAUGUCUGAUGCGACGGGUACGAUGACAAACCACUCUGGUCAGCAGGAAUUAGGGUUUGAUCCGAGUAGGCCUGUGAGAAUGAGACGACUGGAAGGUUCUUCGCGGGCUCCAGUACGAUCAUCGCGUUGUGUGGGACAGCGCGAUAUACCAGGCGAAGGCCCGUGCUAUGUCUACGAGGAUGGCACCUUUUGCCGGGCUAUAAUAGACGGUGAAGCAGUCAAUCCCUCGUGGGGCAUCACAAAGGCCGGCAAACCUCGAAAGCGACUUGCGCAAGCCUGCCUGACCUGCCGAGAGAAGAAGAUUAAGUGCGAGCCUGGAUAUCCAAAGUGCCACCAAUGCUCCAAGUCGCAAAGGGUGUGUAGAGGUGGACUUAACCAAAGCAAUGCAUCCGGUGAGACUUCACCGUCGAAUUCCGCUCCGCUAUUUAAGAAUCAGUCGUCCGAAGUCUUGAGUCCUGCGGCAACCUCAGACAGAAACAAAGCUCCUGGAGAGCUGCGGGACUCAUCAAGAAAAGUUGACACUUGGAACGCUGGAACCCCUUUCAGACCUCGAAAGUACCGCCCCAAUACUACUACAGACCCGAGAGACAUGUCGGUACAGCCAUAUGAUUCGGAUUGGAGCGGCUCCGCAAACGAUCAGAGCUUGGAUGAUCCUGGACGCGGCUCUUAUUCUGACCAACUCGCUCUCCAAUGGGAACAGGAUCCUUUCGAAACAGACCCUGGACUUACCAUGCACCUAUUGGACCUUUAUUUCAUUCACGCUGGUCGCGCAACCUACGGCAUGUUUCCUCGUCGACCUUUCCUUGCAUGGGUAGAGAGCAACCGCGACAAGAGCCACGACCAUUUGAUGCUUCUGUAUUCCGUCCUUGCCAUAGGCUCUCUAUUCUCAGUUGAUGUGGAGAGACGAGCUUUGGGGAGGAAAUUUGCUUCUGUCGCUUCAUAUGCGGCAGAAAAGCGAUUCGGCAAAUUUAGUCUACAGCUGUGCCAGACCCGGCUGAUACUUGCGCUCUAUUACUUUGCUCGGGGCAAGUCACAGGAAGCGUGGGACUACUGUGGUGCUGGUUUGCGAGCACUCAGUGCACUGAAACUGAACUCCGAAGAAGGUGUUAAAGAGCUAGCCGAUAGCAAUUCCGAACUGGACUAUGGACUUGACCGUCGAACCUACGCAGAAUGUUGCCGCCGCACAUUCUGGUCUGGACUCCUGAUGGAUCGAUACAAUGGCUUCUUUGGGGGGACCCUUUUUGUCAUCAACCUGGAAGAUGCUUUCGUUCAACUCCCGUGCCUGGAUAACAUGUACGAAGCAUCAACACCAUGCGACGCACCAUUUUUCGACGAGGAGCUCCUGAGUGGAAGCGCUACUGCCCGCCCCGUCCUGGGGAACAUGGCGUAUCUAUGCCUAAUAUCGACUCUAUGGGGCGAGGUGCUUACCUUCUCUAGUCGAGCUGCGCGCCGAUCCGAUAGUGCCUAUGAACAACAUUACGACACCUUUUAUACGAAGAUGAACGAAAAGCUCGACGCAUGGCAUGCUCUGUUGCCAGAGAACCUUCAUUACACCCCACAGAAUCUCGACAAUAGCAUCGCUGAUGGACAUGCGGGCACAUUUUUGUCGAUACAUGCUUUGUAUCAUGCUACGAUCAUCCGACUGAAUCGUCAAGUGAGAAUCAGCGUAUUGCCAAUGGACAAGAUACGCCGAAAUCUGGAGCGAACACUACGUAUGGCGUCAAACUUCUUAUCAAUAAUGCUCUCACUGGCUCCUGUCAACCGCCAACGACGUCCUCCACCCACCGCUGCACUAGAAUUCUCUUUCUCGACACCUUUCCCCGGAUAUGCGCUCAUGCUCUCGGUUGAUGUGUUGACCUCUGCGGGGCUCGUUUCGUCAUUGCCGACAUUCAUCGAGACCCUUAAUACGACACUGACAUGCAUCGACGAAUUGUCGGGCUUUUGGGCGUCUGCAAAGGCGCAACAGAAGACGGUCUCGAAUCGAAUCAAGCAGUUGAUGGACAUCGCCGCACAGGAAAGCCAAGGCAUAAGGAACGGAAAUUACGGGAACUUCUGGAGGAUCAGCAACAGUCUCGAGACGGCAUUCGGAGACGAUGAUGCCCUGUACAAGACUGAAGAUCAAUUGCUUUUCGGCGUUGUUGGUCAGUUUACGGGUCAGUAA